AUGGCAGAUUAUGAAACAGGAGAAAGUGCUAUGAUUGUAACAGAAAAUGAUCCAGUAACAGUUGAAGAAGCUCUUAAAAGUAAGAAGUGGAGAGAUGCAAUGGUGAAAGAGAUGGAAGCAAUAGAAAGAAAUCAAACAUGGGAAUUGACUGAUGCACCAACAGGAGCAAAACCUAUUGGAGUAAAAUGGGUAUUCAAGACCAAACUUAGAGAAAAUGGAGAAAUUGAUAAGUGUAAAGCAAGGUUAGUAGCAAAAGGCUAUGCACAACACUAUGGAGUGGAUUAUACAGAAGUAUUUGCACUAGUUGCCAAGCUAGACACCAUCCGAAUAAUACUAUCAAUGGCUGCUCAUAAUGGCUGGAUCAUAUUUCAAUUAGAUGUGAAAAGUUCAUUUCUUCAUGGAGAACUCAAGGAGGAAAUCUAUGUACAAUAG